AUGAUUGCAGCUGUGCUGGAUAAAAAGCGGUUUGCAUUUUUUUACAACAAGCUCAAGUGCUGCGCCCAGCACCGCAGCGAGGAAGCGCUGCUGCUGCUUUGGGUCGCCACCCAGCUGCCGCCAGUCGUCGACUGCGGCGUCGUCGUUUCAUUUGGCAAGGGCGAGGACGGUCAGCUUGGCCAUGGCGACGCGGAGAGCUGUGCCAUGCCGCAGCCAGUGAAGGCCCUGAGGGGAAAGGCGAUCAGCUCGGUGUCGUGCGGCGCAGAGUACAGCAUUGCUGUGAGCCAUGAAACGCGGCAGGUCUACAGCUGGGGCUGGGGGGACUUCGGUCGGCUGGGCCACGGGCACUCGUUGGACUGCUUCAGCCCGCAGCCCAUCACGGCCCUGUCUGGCGUGGCGGUGCGGCAGGUGGCCUGCGGUGACGCGCACACCCUGGUGGCCACAGAGGCGGGGGAGCUGUACGCAUUCGGCCGCAACCAAAACGGCCAGCUGGGUGUUGGCAGCACAGAGGACGUGCUGGCGCCACGGAGGGUGGACGCGCUCGCGGAUGUGAACGUCAUCAGCGUAUCAGCGGGGGCGGAGCACUCUGUGGUUGCCACGUCGGGGGGGCAGGUCUACUCGUUCGGCUGGGGCAAAUACGGAUGCUUGGGCGACGGCAGCAGAGAGGACAGGCAUGUCCCCACCCUGACCAAGGGGCUGGAGGGCGUGCACGUGGCGCAGGUGGCGUGCGGCUGGCGGCACAGCAUCGCCGUCACCGACAACCAUAGGAUAUACACAUUCGGCUGGGGGAGGUUUGGUCAGAUCGGCCAUGGGGACAACGAGGACCGGCUGACGGCUGCGGAGGUGACGCCGCUGGCCCAUGUGGCCAUCAAGCGCGUAGCGGGCGGAUGGCGGCACACGGCGGCGCUGGAUGCAGAUGGCCGCUGCUACACCUGGGGCUGGGGCAAGUUUGGCCAGCUGGGCCUGGGGGAUGACCGCGACCGCAACGCGCCCACCCUGGUCGCCACGCUGGACGGCCGCCACGCCGUGCUGGUGGCCUGCGGGUGGCGCCACACCGUCGUGACCACGGCGGACGGGGCGAUCGGCGACCCCGCCGCGGCCGCGCACGCGCCGCUGGUGACGCCGGCGGACCGGUUCGCGGUUGUGCCGGAGGAGGGCGCGGCGGGCGGCGGCGGGGGCGCGCACGACGGCGCUGGCGGCGGCAGCACAGCAGCACGCAAGAAGCCGCGGCUGGACGAGAGCGACGCCGCGGUGCCCGGCUGUUGA